AGGACUCCGAAUGGUUUUCUCGCUGAGUGCUUGUGUCCAUGGCAGAUGGACUCAGAAGAUGCUCAGGACGCCCUCGUCACAUUAAAGAGGAUUUAUGAGCGUCUUCUUAACGAGCCUUCACAGCCAUUUGAUUGUAAAGAGGAGGUUCCCAGUGAGCAACAGGAGUGGAGCCCCAGUCUGGUCCAGGGAGAACCAAAGCCCCCACACAUUAAAGAGGAAGAGAAUGAACUCUGGAGCAGUCGGGAGGAAGAGCAGCUUCAAGGACCCGAGGUGUUGCCAGUCACUCCUGUCCCAGUGAGGAGUAAAAAUGGUGACGUGAAAGCUCAGUCCUCACAUCUUCAUCAAAGUCAAACUGGGAACAACAGAGAGACCAGCCCCUCAACUGACCAGAUGAAAACAGAACCUGACGGAGAAGACUGUGGACUAUCAGAACCAGCCAGCAACUUGGAUCCAGCUGCUAAUUUACAACCAAACAGUGAUGGAGAGCCCCUCUCUUCAGAUGGUUGUGAAAGUAGUGAGACUGAAGACAGUGAUGAUGGUUGGAACCAGGCUGAAGAUGCUCAGUCAGGAUUGGACGGAAUCAAGAAUGAAAUAAGUCCUCAGAGAUGUACUGAGAUGAAACCCUUCAGCUGUUUUGUCUGCGGUAAAGGUUUUUCGAGAAGAGACUAUGCACAGAAACACAUGAGAAUCCACGACAGAAAAAAGCCAUUUACUUGUUCGGUCUGCGGCAAAGGGUUUUCUCAAAGAGGGUGGAUGCGGAGACACAUGAAAAUCCACCCGGGAGAAAAACCGUUCGAUUGCUCGGUGUGCGGUAAAUGUUUUACGAGAAGAGACGCUGCAGAGACACACGCGAGAGUUCACACAGGGGAAAAGCCAUUCGGCUGUCCGUUCUGCUGUAAAAGGUUUUCUAACCGCUGGGGUAUGACGAAACACGCCAGAGUUCAUACAGGACAAAAACCCUUCAGCUGCUCAGUCUGUGAGAAGGGUUUUUCAAGUGGGAAACAAAUGGAGAGACACAUGAGGACGCACACAGCAGAGAAACCCUUCAGUUGCUCAGUCUGGUAAACGAUUUUCACACAAGUUCAGUCACACAAAACACAAGAGGUUUCACAUGCCCCUUGUCCACUACAUGGUACCGGCUCGACUCGCCCCGCCCCGCCCUUUUCUCGUUUUCCAUUACUGGAAUGUGCCGGCAUUUUGGUAACUUACCACUUUUCUGGUACCACCUUUGUCGAGGUUCCAAAAAAACUGGAGCGGGUACCAAAAGCAAUGCAGACCUCCGAUUGGUCAGAGAAACGCGUCACCGCGUCAUUUUGCAUCAUCAGUGCACGCAUGGGAUAUCACCCGGCAGUUUUAAAUACCGAAGCGGAACCAUCUUAAAAGUAGUUCUAAUGAAUCUUACAAUGAUUUAUAGCCACACUUAUAGGGCGUUAUAGAUGCUUAUAGGGCGUUAUGGAUGCAAGCUUCAUAGAAAGUGUUACCAAAGAACAUUUUAAAAUUGAAAACCAGGUGUCACUAUGACGACCAGCUACACUGAGGGGGUACUGUUACGGUAAUGGAACACGACACAGAAGCGAGUCGAGUUGAGCCGGUACCACGUCAUGGAAAAGGGGCAAUAGAUGACAAAACGAGUAAACUUUGGGGCGCCCCGGUGGCUCACCUGGUAGGGCACGUACAAGGCUGAGUCCUUACCGCAGCGGCUUGGGUUCGAAUCCGGCCCGGGCCCUUUGCUGCAUGUUAUCCCGUCUCU